CGUCAACAAACUCGCAACAGACGGCAGAAUUGCACAAAAACAACAAUUUCACCAACAUGAAAGAAUUAGCAAAAGAUUAUUCCAUUGUGCCUGUGCAAGGAAUCGCGGAAUUCAUCCAGGAUGUACGCCUUCGCAAAAUCUCGGGAUCACUUAAGCUGGCAUCCCGAACGCUGCGGCUGCUGAUGGAUCUCGUGUCGAAAGAAUCAUGGAACACGGCGGAACAACUGCUUGCCCUGAUCCGCAACCAGGGACGCUUUCUGGCCGAAGCCAUCCCGCACGAUAUCGUCGUCGCGAACACCAUCCGGCGUGUGAUGAAAAUAGUCCGCGAAGAGUACGAUUCCUCCCGCGUGGUACAUUUCGACGACGGGCAGAGCAUACUUUCCCUUCACAAGUUGGUAACGCAAGGGGCUGAUCCGGAGCGGGACGACUACUCGAAACCGAUGCCCGGGCUAAAGAACGCACUGGUGGACCAUCUGUCGGAAGUAGAAACCGAGCUGGAAACGACGGGCGAUAGCAUUUCCGCCCAGGCAGCGGAACACAUCCACUCGGCGGAACUGAUCAUGACCAUCGGGUACUCGCGGGCGGUCGAAAAGUUCCUCCGCAAGGCGGCCGAAACGCGCCCGAUCGAGGUGGUGGUGGUGGAGUGUGCACCGGACUGUCGCGGGCAGCAGCUGGCGGCCAAUUUGGGACGGGCCAAGAUUCAAACUACGCUCAUUUCGGACGCAGCGAUCUUUGCGAUCAUGUCGCGCAUUAACAAAAUCAUCAUCGGCACGCAUUCGGUGCUGGCAAACGGUGGGCUGCAGGCGGUUUGUGGCACGUACAGCUUGGCCCUGUCGGCGAAACAUUUCUCCGUGCCGGUGAUUGUGCUGGCCCCGACGUACAAACUGACGCCGGUGCAUCUGUGCAACUACGAGCAGGGGGAUUUCAAUAUUCUGGGCAAUACCGAGGCAGUGUUACCGUUCGAAAGCUUAGCUGCGCGGUUCACGAAAGCGUACAAUCCGUUGUUCGAUUACGUGCCGCCGGAGCUGGUGACGCUUUUCAUCACGAAUAAUGGCACGAAUGCACCUUCCUACAUUUAUCGUUUGAUCGGCGAGCUGUACCAUCCAGACGAUAAUCAACUGUAAAAUACAACGACCAGGUGAAAUACGAAUUCAAUAAAAUGUUAUAGAAUCUUUGGAAUA